AUGGCUGAAGGAGAAGCUAAGGAGCAGGGAGUAGAGACGAUAAUGGGUGUAGAAGAAGCUAAGGGGUUGGGAGCAGAGACAACAAUGGCUGAAGAAAAAGCUAAAAAGCUGGAUUACAUACCGGAGGUGAUACUGAAGAAGAGGAAGAAGAGGGAUGAGCUUGCCUUUAUCAGGAAGAAGCAGCUAGAGCUCGGAAAUUUCGGCAAGAAGAAGCAGAAGAAAGUCGCGGAUAUCAAGAGGCCCGAAGAUUUUGUGCUAGAGUUCAGGGCUAAGGAAGUAGAUCUCAUCCGGAUGAAGCAAAGGGUAAAGAGGCCAAAGUCAACUCCUCCACCAGUAAAAUCAAACCUUGUUUUCAUCAUACGCAUACAAGGCAAGAACGAUAUGCACGAAAAGACCAAGAAGGUUCUUAACAGUUUGCAACUAAGGAGCACCUUUACUGGUGUCUUUGCCAAAGCUACCGACAGUUUGUUUCAAAAGCUUCUGAAAGUGCAGCCUUAUGUUACUUAUGGAUACCCGAAUGGUAAGAGCGUUAAGGACCUCAUAUACAAAAAGGGAUACACAGUGAUAGAGGGAAACCCUGUUCCUCUGACCGACAACAACAUAAUCGAGCAGGCUCUAGGAGAACACAAAAUAUAUGGCAUAGAAGACCUUGUGAACGAGAUAGCAAGCGUUGGUGAUCAUUUCAGAGAAGUUAUGAGAUUCUUGGGACCCUUGAAACUCAACAGGCCCGAGGCUGGUGUUUUGCACGGUAAGAAGCAAGUUUUCAGCGAAGGAGGUGAUACUGGAAACCGCGAAGACAAGAUCAACGAUCUCAUCAAUAAAAUGAAUUAG